GCCGAUGCUACCGUAUUGGCGAACGGAACGCAAGGAUGGGCAAAUCAAUGACAGAGGAGCCCAUGGAUGACCACUAGAGCUGGCUCUGUAUGGCCUCUCAUUCAACAGACGAUCCCGGUGAUAAGGACCUUCAGUAAACUCGGAAUAUUUUGCAAUUAUGACUGGUCUAUCCGAGCUUUGAAGAACGAUAACCCUUUACUCGAGAUCUGUUUCUCAGUCGACUUGCCUUUUCAAGGCGCGAAGCGUUUCACCAUGUUGUGACGUAUUUGUCGCUUUGCUGUUGCCUACUGCGAUCACAACUAGCUAUUUGACACUCUCCCUCUCUUUUCUGCAGUCUGAGUUCGAGAAGCCGAAAUCUCAAGGAUGCAGCAGAAAACAACAGUUCCUGUCGCUUUCUUUCAAGGGACUCGAUCAGCAUGUUUCUUGCUGCGACUAUUACGCUCAAACUCAUGUCUCAUCUCGGGCAAUGGAGCUACCGAAUUAUUAUAUCCGUGGCCUCUCUCAAUAUCUGAGACAUAUUUUCGGCUCUUGGAAGAUUGGAACUCUGAAAUUUGCGAACGACAUAAAACUUGCAGAACACACGCUCGGAUCUGGCAACAAUGAGGCAGUAUCUUACAUUCGACGCUCCUGGUCUCCCACUCUUCGUCAGAAACCCUCAGGAUGACCUUCUAAUCUGGUCAAUACGGACCACAUCUCCAUUCCACGGAGUGACUUGCGGUCCGUGGAUGCGCUCAGUGUCUGAGACAGCUGCUUCCGCGGUUGCAUAUAAGGCGGGCCCGCCCCCAUCUCCUCAAUAUCGCUGCUUUCACCGAAACAACCAUCUUCACUCAGAUCCUCAAGCAUUUCUCAAGCUCAAUCAUGUUCACCUCCAAGAUUCAGUCUCCUGUUUCUGUCCCCUCCGUCACCGACUUCGACUUCCUCAACCGCAUCGGCACCGGACGCUCGGCCACCGUUCAUCUGGUCCAGCACAAGGUCACUGGCCGCCGUUUUGCGUUGAAAGCUGUCGAGCGCGCUUCCGGAUCGGCGUCCGCCGUCAACGAGCAGGCCAUCCUGAAGCACAUUUCCGUGUCCAGCGGCAAGUCGGUUUCUCCCUCCCUGCUCUCGUUGCAUGCGAGUUGGGAGGAUGACACUCGUUCGUAUAUGCUCUCGGAGUGGUGCCCCGGUCGUGACCUCAGCCCAUGUCUCGUCAACGGACACAAGCGCUGGGGUGCCUUCCCCGCUGCUCACAUCCGCUUCAUCGUCGCUCAAUUGGUCACGGCGCUCGAGUCUCUCCAUGCUCAGCACAUCGUUCACCGCAACCUCAAGCCCGCCCACAUCUUCUUCACUGAAGACGGCAACAUCGUCCUCGGUGGCCUUUCUCUCGCCAAGCACCUGCCCGGGUCCUUCAUGCACGGCAACGACGAGCCUGCUGAGAUUGUCUUCGAUGUUGCGGCGGAUGCAGACUGUGGUUCGUUCUUCCAGCAGACCAUGGACGAGGUAGUCGGUGUCACCAGAGAGCGGUGCGGAACCCCAGGUUAUAUGGCACCCGCACAGGUCCAGGGCACGCCGUACAGUUUCGAUGCUGAUCUCUUCGCGUUGGGGGUAAUCGCUCAUCAACUGGCAACGGGAGCUAUGCCUUCGUCUGAGUCACCGGAACUCCUCGCGACUGUCGAUGUCGACCUCAAAGCGGUCAUCCAGGGCCUCCUCGACCACAACCGCGAGACUCGGCUCACGCUCGCACAGCUCAAGGAGCACCGCUACUUCACCGGCGUCAACUGGAAGAAGGUGGCCCGUCACCAGGUCCCUGCUCCCUGGGUUCCCGUCGCUGCCGAGGUUCCGUCCACGAUUCGCGUCUGCCCGUUCCCAGCUGCGAUGUCUCGCUCGGAUAGCUCCUUCGACUUCGUCUCUCGGUCGUUCGCCAGACCCCAGCGCGGUUUGCGUUGCCUCAUGCGCAAAUUCGUGUCUGAGAAGCCCCAGCCCCAGCCUGUUGCCCCAGUGGUCGUUGCUGCCUCGGUGGUCGAUGUCCCUCCAGUCCGGCCUUCUGCUCCUGCUGUGGUCGUCGCAGCUCCCGUUGCUGGUUCCUGCGUCGGAGUUCCUUUGGCCGCCCCCGUCCCGAAAGUCGCCAAGCCCGUCUUGCCCCCGGCGGCCUUCUCUCGACUUUGGUACUCCGCGACGAGUGAGAAGAUCGCAGCGUUGCAGGCGUCCGAGAGUUCUUCGACCUGCGCCACCAACUGGUCCCAGGACAGCUUCGACUCGGUUGCCGGUGCCAACAUCCAGCGCAUUCUCGAAGAUCGUUUCGGGCCGACAGAGACGAUCCCAGCGUUGCCUGAGUCCGCGAGCAGCUCUUCUACGGCUAGCGAUGCUUCUGCAGACAGCUUCGACUCCAGGGCGGGCGCCAACAUCCAGCGCAUCCUCCAAGAUCGAUUCGGUGCAACGCUCAAGUCGGUCGCGUUGUCCCCUCCGGCUACCGACACCGACAGUUCAUCAGACAGCGAUUCGUUCCGUAGCAGCAUCGUCUCGGAUGACUCUUGGUCGGCAGACAGAUCCUCAGCAGAGCAGCAGCAGCAGCAGCAGGUGGUCUUCGGAGGAUGCCAGCUUCUUCGUCGCUCUUCAGGAUGUUCUCAGGUUGGACGCGGUCCCGAUCCAGCCACGGGCUAUCGAGAAGGAAUAACAGCCGGUAAAGAAUCCGCUCUUCAGGAGGGCUUCGAUGCAGGGUUCGCAGAGGUCGGCGCGCCUCUCGGCCAGGACCUCGGUUUCCUGCGCGGAAAGGCUUCAGCCUUCGUAACAUAUCUCCAGUCGCCGCUAUCGUCGCUGGUGCCCGACGAUGUAAAAACGUCCUUGCUCGCUGAAGCACGAGAAAUCGCCACUGGGCUUGCGGCUAUUCGAUUCUCCGAUGUCGUGCCACGAGAUCUGGAAGCAGAAGAGCACGCGCGACAGCACUUGGCGUAUGAGGACACCGGGCUGAAUGAGAACGAGGGACUGAAUGAGCGGAGGGAGAUGGAGGGGUUGGAGGAUAUGCUAGCUCGACUCACUCCUGGCGCUACCAUUGCCAGUGACCAAUCUGCACGGCCGACGAUCAACGACGUUCGCGCACUGGAGGGCCGUUUACGCGUGCUACUACAAAAGCUCGGUCUACCACCAAUUGACAGCAGCUACGGUCAAUGAACUGGGCCUUGGUCGAGUGAAUAGCAGGGGCCAGACUGCCUGCCCCCCGAGAACGUGCAUGUGUUUUGGCUUGGUCUAAUAAAUACAUCCACCUCAUGCGUAUUUUGAUCUU